GGAGCAGCCGCCGCCGCCAGCGCCGCCACGGCCGGAGGAGGAGCCGCGGGAGCCGCUGCCGCCGCCCUCCGCCCCCUCCCCUUCUCCCUUCCUCCUCCUUCUUCUCCUCCUUCUCCCCGGCCGGAGGGAGGACUCCCGGAGCAGCCCCGGCGGCCGGAGCGCCCCGCCGACUCGGGAGAAUGCGGCGGCGAUCGCGGAUGCUGCUUUGCUUCGCCUUCCUCUGGGUGCUGGGCAUUGCCUAUUACAUGUACUCCGGAGGCAGCGCGGCGCUGGCCGGCGGCGGGAGCAGCGGCGGAGCCGGCAAGAAGGAGGACUGGAAUGAAAUUGAUCCAAUUAAAAAGAAAGACCUUCACAGUAACAAUGGGGACGACAGAGCACAAAAUAUGGAGACUCUCCCUCCAGGGAAAGUUCGGUGGCAAGACUUCAAUCAAGAAGCUUACGUUGGAGUCACUAUGGUACGAUCUGGUCAAGACCCAUAUGCCCGUAACAAAUUCAACCAAGUGGAGAGUGACAAGUUGAGAAUGGACAGAAACAUACCUGACACCAGACAUGAUCAGUGUCAGAGAAAGCAGUGGCGGGUAGACUUACCAGCUACCAGUGUGGUAAUCACUUUUCACAAUGAAGCCAGGUCGGCGUUGCUGAGAACUGUAGUCAGUGUGCUUAAGAAAAGUCCCCCCCAUCUUAUAAAAGAAAUCAUAUUAGUAGAUGACUACAGUAAUGAUCCUGAGGAUGGUGCUCUCUUGGGGAAGAUUGAGAAAGUACGGGUGCUUAGAAAUGAUCGGCGAGAAGGCUUGAUGCGCUCUCGGGUCCGAGGGGCAGAUGCAGCACAGGCUAAAGUUCUGACGUUCUUGGACAGUCAUUGUGAAUGUAAUGAGCACUGGCUGGAGCCCCUUCUGGAGAGGGUAGCAGAGGACAAGACCCGGGUUGUAUCACCUAUCAUUGAUGUCAUUAAUAUGGAUAACUUUCAAUACGUGGGGGCAUCAGCUGAUUUAAAAGGCGGUUUUGAUUGGAAUUUAGUAUUCAAAUGGGAUUACAUGACCCCAGAGCAGAGGAGAGCACGCCAAGGAAAUCCAGUUGCUCCCAUAAAAACCCCCAUGAUCGCUGGCGGGUUAUUUGUGAUGGAUAAAUUCUACUUUGAAGAACUGGGAAAGUACGAUAUGAUGAUGGACGUAUGGGGAGGAGAAAACCUGGAGAUUUCAUUUCGAGUGUGGCAAUGUGGUGGCAGUCUAGAGAUCAUUCCUUGCAGCCGAGUUGGGCAUGUGUUCCGGAAGCAGCAUCCCUAUAGUUUUCCAGGAGGCAGUGGCACUGUGUUUGCCCGAAAUACUCGCCGGGCAGCAGAAGUCUGGAUGGAUGAAUAUAAAAAUUUUUACUAUGCAGCAGUGCCUUCAGCCAGAAAUGUUCCUUAUGGGAAUAUUCAGAGUCGACUAGAACUAAGGAAGAAACUUAGUUGCAAACCCUUCAAAUGGUACCUUGAAAAUGUCUACCCUGAAUUAAGAGUUCCUGACCAUCAGGAUAUAGCUUUUGGAGCAUUGCAGCAGGGUAACAAUUGCCUGGAUACUUUGGGACAUUUUGCAGAUGGUGUUGUAGGAGUUUAUGAGUGUCACAACUCUGGGGGAAACCAGGAAUGGGCCUUAACAAAGGACAAGUCAGUGAAACAUAUGGAUUUGUGCCUUACUGUGGUGGACCGAGCACCAGGCUCCCUCAUAAAGCUACAAGGCUGCAGAGAAAAUGACAGCAGACAGAAAUGGGAGCAAAUUGAGAGUAAUUCUAAAUUGAGGCACGUUGGAAGCAACUUGUGCCUGGACAGCCGUAACGCCAAAAACGGAGGCCUGAGCGUGGAGGUGUGCAGCCCAUCUUUAUCCCAACAGUGGAAGUUCACACUUAAUCUGCAGCAGUAGAAGGGCCAAGGAAAACCAACCCGACACCCAGUGAGCGCCGUCAUGUUUCUUACACUUUGGGCAGAGUUUUGAUGAUCGCAUUACCGAUUAUAUUUCUUAAACUUUCCACAGAACUAUAUACCUCAGUAUUCCAUCAUGGUCUGAAAAUAGGAAAACUCCAACAGCAAGACACAGGGGAACUGUGUGGACCAGGGGAAGAGGGGAAAUGCUGCUUUCCUUAUCUCACCAAACCCAGUCGCAGCCAUGCUCCCUCUUCUCUAGGAGCUCUUUCCCAUUUCUUUCCCCACUCCUGCUUAGCACUCGCACAAACAGUCGAUUAACAUCCCUAGCAACAACUGACAUAUUGUAGGAAAAAUGGAUCUAAACACAUACAGGUUGGGGAAUUAGGGAGGGAGAAAGGGGUGUAGCUAACUUUCUCACUGAGAAGAUCAUUUUUAAAGCUCCAUUUUUUCCCCCAUAGAAAGCAUUAUUUACAGCUUCUGAAAACUGAACUGUCAUUUUGAAGGUUUAUGGGUUUUUUUCCCCCUUUCCCCUUCACCUCUCUCCCCAGCCCUCUUCCAGUACUGAAUCCCCUCCUCCCAUAUAAUGUACUUGCUAUAUUUGAAUAUGAACUUUUCUAUGAUGGGACACUAAAUAUAAAUAUAUAUUAAAAAAAAUGGUCAGUUCCCAAUGGUUUAUAUGGGUCGUCAUCAUCAUCAUCAUCAUCAUCAUCAUCCUUGUCAAUUCUCCAGAAAACUGUUCACACAUAUGAAAAGAAGAGGGGCUUGAACCCAAUCAUGGAUUGGAGCUCUGUUCUGACAGAGGGAGAGCGCCUUACCUGUUUCUGAGGGUCUCCUCGUGAGCGGGUGCUUCUCAGCCAGCCAAGGACACAGGAGGCAACAGAAGAGCAAAGGGAAGAAGCAUCAUUCAAGGCCAGGACCUAUCCCUGCUCAUCCCAGCAGCAUUUGUGUCUGGCAUUUCCUUUGGGUUUGCUGCUGUGACUUGGAAUUCACUCUGUGUGCUGUCAGUAUCUGUAAACCUAUAUCAGUUAUUUGUAUUGAAGAAUAUUGCUUUUGGUCUUUUAAAUUAAAUUUCUUUUCUUUAAAAAAUAAAAACUCAAAACAACCCCACAGCUCCCAAUAUGAGUAAUGGCACAACUUGCCAUAGGCCUUUGACAGGUGCAGACAAAUUAUGUUACAUUAUGUAGCCGUCACAAUACCAGCAUUGGUCUAAUUACUUGAGCCCAUAAGACUUGGGCCUUCAGAAUUAAUUGAACUGCCAGCUGAAUGUUUGUGAUUAGUUGUUGCGGCCGAAAAUAAAUCCACUUUUCGGAUUUGGUCUAA